UGCACUCCAGCCUGGGCGACAGUGCGAGACUCCGUGUAAAAAAAAAAAAAAAAAAAAAGAACAAAAUGUUUUUAUUACCCACGAAUCCAUGAUGUAAAGAUAGCAACUGUUAAGCUUGUAAUGUGUUUCUUUCUUUUUGUAUAUUUAUAGGUUUAUUUAGGAACAUUUAAAAAUUUUUAUAAUUUUUUUCUUAAUAUUUCCCCCUUAUGUGUUUAACUAUGGAAAUUUCCAAAUACUGACAAAGAGACUAAACUAGUGAAUUAUCAUGUUAUAUCAUACUCAUUAAUCUCAUUAUUGUUAUCAUUUUUCCUACGACUGUUUCCUAAAAUUAUAAAACUUUUUAUUUUCAUAUCAUUUGAAACCUAUAGAAAAGUUGCAAAAGUAGCCUAAGAAAUUCUUAUUUACUCUUUACCCACGUUUGCCAAGUGUUUACAUUUUUCCUGUUUGUUUUGUUGAUGACCAUCAGCUGAAUACCACCAGAAACAUACCUGUAACCGAGACAGCUGAUUAUAGCUUUCUGCAGCAAGGAAGCCCACGUACCAGGGGCUGUCUUGGUAAGAGGAGGUUAGGAAGAGCUAGUAUAUGGUUUCACAUAACAUAUUAGAUAAUUUUAGAUUGUAUACCAGGUGUUAUUUAUUAAAUAUUAGAUAUCUAUCCAAAGACUGCUAAUAGUAGUUUAUUGUAUUAUCUAUUAUACAGUGCUAGGUAACAUAUUACUUCAUGUUAUGUACUCCGUGGUUCUAUAUUUAAAUUUGUUCUGUUUUUCACUUAAGGUUCUUACAAGUGUCCCCUACCCAUCUGCCACCACCACCGGUGUUCACAGUCUAAUUUUAUGCUUUGCCUUUGGUUGUCACAUUUCCAUAAUCUUUAAUCUUGAAGAUUCUACACCCUUUGUCUUUCUAUGCUUGAUAUUUUUGAAGAGUAUAAGCAAGUUAUUUUGGAGAAAGGCAUUCAUUGGGAGUUGUGUCUGAUGUAAUUCACAUGUGGGUUCAGAUUAUGCAUUGUUGGUAGGGAUACCACAGAAGUGCUGAAAUGUCCUUUUCAUUGCAACAUAACAGGGUCCAAGUGAUGUCAGCUUGUUUCUUCAUUGGUGAUCUCAACCUUGUCCACUUGGCCGAGAUGCUGUCUUUCAGAUUUCUCCACUAUAAAGUUACUUAAGAAAAAUCGAAAAGAAUAAAGUUUCUUAGGAAUAGAUAACAUUAUUAGUGGGCAUUCAGCUGUAAAAUGACCUUCUCCUCCAUUUAUUCUUUGUUCAACUACAAAUAUUCUAUCAAUAUGGCCUUAGAAUUGACUCUUGUUAAGUUAAAUGACGUGUACGUUAACAAUUAUUUUGUCCAACCUAUUGUAUCGUAGAACUUACUUAUAUCAGGUGUACAUCCAGUGAUAAUUAGGCAGCUUGCUGAAUGGAGUAACCAUCACCACAGUUCGGUGAUCAUUGCAUGCUCAUAUUGAUCUCCUCCUGCCUACUUAUGGUUAGACUUCAUUCUCACUCAGAUCUGAAGCAAUCACUAAUCAGUUUUCUCUCUGUAUGCAUUUUCCUACCCAGACAUUUUAUAGAAAUGGAAUCCUGCAAUAUGUGGUCCUUUGUAACUGCCUUCUUUCAUUUCACAAUAAUGUUUCAAAGGUUCAUGUAUGCUGUAGCAUGAGUCAGUACUUCAUUUCUUUAAAUUUCCAAAUAAGAUUCCAUUGUAUGGAUAGACCAUGAUUUGUCUAUUCAUUUACCCACAGGAGGGCAUUUUGGUUGUGCUGUUUUGGGUUUUUAUGAUUAAUGCUGCUGUGAACAUUCAUGUGCCAAUUCACAAUACACAUCCCUGUUGGUGGGUGGCAUCCCUGGCCACCUUUUCAUGUCUCUUUUUCUGCCUUUCCUGGCACUUUGCAGGCACAAUUCUGCUUUCCCAGGAACUGCAUCACUCAGGACUCUGCAAGUUUCCAGAAGUAAGAGGGAAAAUGACCACGUUCAAGGAGGCAAUGACCUUCAAGGACGUGGCUGUGGUCUUCACUGAGGAAGAGCUGGGGCUGCUGGACCUUGCUCAGAGGAAGCUGUAUCAAGAUGUGAUGCUGGAGAACUUCAGGAACCUGCUCUCAGUGGGACAUCAAGCAUUCCACAGGGAUACUUUCCACUUCCUAAGGGAAGAAAAGAUUUGGAUGAUGAAGACAGCAACCCAAAGGGAAGGGAAUUCAGGAGACAAGAUCCAAACUGAGAUGGAGACUGUUUCAGAAGCAGGAACACAUCAAGAGUGGUCCUGCCAGCAAAUCUGGGAAAAAAUUGCAAGCGAUUUAACCAGGUCUCAAGACUUGGUGAUAAAUAGCUCUCAGUUCUCCAAAGAAGGUGAUUUCCCUUGCCAAACUGGGGAAGGACUAUCUGUAAUUCACACAAGACAGAAAUCUUCCCAGGGCAAUGGAUAUAAACAGUCCUUCAGUGAUGUCUCCCUCUUUGAUUUUCAUCAACAAUUACACUCAGGAGAGAAGUCUCAUACAUGUGAUGAGUGUGGAAAAAGCUUUUGUUACAUCUCAGCCCUUCGUAUUCAUCAGAGAGUCCACAUGGGAGAGAAAUGCUAUAAGUGUGAUGUGUGUGGUAAGGAAUUCAGUCAGAGCUCACAUCUGCAAACUCAUCACAGAGUCCACACUGGAGAGAAACCAUUCAAAUGUGUGGAAUGUGGGAAAGGCUUCAGUCGUAGAUCAGCACUUAAUGUUCAUUGCAAAUUACACAUGGGAGAGAAACCUUAUAAUUGUGAGGAAUGUGGGAAAGCCUUCAUUCACGAUUCCCAGCUUCAAGAACAUCAGAGAAUCCAUACUGGGGAGAAGCCAUUCAAAUGUGAUAUAUGUGGUAAGAGCUUCUGUGGUAGAUCAAGACUUAAUAGGCAUUCCAUGGUUCACACGGGAGAGAAACCAUUCCGAUGUGAUACGUGUGGUAAGAGCUUUCGUCAGAGAUCAGCACUUAAUAGUCAUCGCAUGAUCCACACAGGAGAGAAACCAUACAAAUGUGAGGAGUGUGGAAAAGGCUUUAUUUGUAGGCGAGAUCUUUAUACGCAUCACAUGGUCCACACGGGAGAGAAGCCAUAUAAUUGUAAAGAGUGUGGGAAGAGCUUCAGAUGGGCCUCGUGUCUUUUAAAACAUCAGCGAGUCCACAGUGGAGAAAAACCAUUCAAAUGUGAAGAAUGUGGGAAAGGAUUUUACACAAAUUCACAAUGCUAUUCCCACCAGAGAUCCCAUAGUGGAGAAAAACCAUACAAAUGUGUGGAGUGUGGGAAAGGCUACAAAAGGAGGUUAGAUCUUGACUUUCACCAGCGCGUCCAUACAGGAGAGAAACUGUAUAAUUGUAAGGAAUGUGGGAAGAGCUUCAGUCGGGCCCCAUGUCUUUUGAAACAUGAGAGACUCCACAGUGGAGAAAAACCAUUCCAAUGUGAAGAGUGUGGGAAGAGGUUUACUCAAAAUUCACAUCUUCAUUCCCAUCAGAGAGUCCACACUGGAGAAAAGCCAUACAAAUGUGCGAAGUGUGGAAAGGGCUACAAUAGCAAGUUUAAUCUUGAUAUGCACCAGAAGGUCCACACAGGAGAGAGACCGUACAAUUGUAAAGAAUGUGGGAAGAGUUUUGGCUGGGCCUCGUGUCUUUUGAAACAUCAGAGACUGCACAGUGGAGAAAAACCAUUCAAAUGUGAAGAGUGUGGGAAAAGAUUUACCCAGAAUUCACAGCUUCAUUCUCAUCAAAGAGUGCACACUGGAGAAAAGCCAUACAAAUGUGAUGAGUGUGGGAAGGGCUUCAGCUGGUCCUCAACUCGUCUGACCCAUCAGAGACGCCACAGCAGAGAAACACCUCUCAAAUGUGAGGAGCAUGGGAAGAACAUUGUACAGAAUUCAUUCUCUAAAGUGCAAGAAAAAGUUCACAGUCUAGAAAAGCCAUACAAAUGUGAGGACUGUGGGAAGGGCUACAACAGGUGCUUGAAUCUUGAUAAGCAUCAGAGGGUCCACAUGGGAGAGAAAACAUGGAAGUGUAGGGAGUGUGAUAUGUGCUUUAGUCAGGCCUCAAGUCUUCAACUUCAUCAGAAUGUUCAUAUUGGAGAAAAACCUUAGUGAUGUGAUGGUGCAAUAAAGUCUUCACUCAGUCUUCAUGAA